CACCGCCUCUGCUGCACGCUCCGCUGGCGACCACGCCGCCCGCGCACUUCAACUGCCCCCGCGUUCCCUUGCGAAAAAAUCAUAAUGCAAUCACCAGGACGGCCGGUGUGGAACGCUCAACAACCACUCGCAACACCCGGCCAGUCUGCAAUUCAAUGCGUCGAAACUCACACGCCGUCCAUCACGAUGAUGGCUUAGUCGGACCGGGAAACUGAUUUCUCUUCAGGCGGCCGCUGAAGUGGAAACUGUCCGCGUGGUGAUCGCUUCUGAAAACCAUUGGAUGCUCGAAUUCAGUGACGUGUACUUUUACUUUUUGAUCGUUUUGUGCCGCCGUUUCGAAAACACUGGCUUGCACUUUCUCGCUUUACUGCUAAUGUUAACAUUUGCGUAAUGCGAUGUUCCACAAUCGCCAAGGUUCGCUGCUGUACCUACCGCGGAAUAUGUAAAACGGACCAUUAUACGGCGAUUCGUUGACCGAGAUUCUCCCAAAAAGUAAUUUGUAUAAUAGGUGGCCAAAUCACCUGGAGUUCAUUAGCGGCCUUUAUGGUUGGGACAAUUGUCCAUCAAAAACAAAUUAAUUCUUUACGCGUAUCGGCCGUGUCCGGUGGAGGUUGCUUUCGAGUGUUGUUGUUUUCGAGGUGUCUUUCUAUCGUGAACAGUGGCCUGGUUCACUCGUUGCCUGCUACCUACCGCAAACUGAUGGUAGCCGAUUACUGUGCGUUAUCAUUUAAGUGUUGAUUUUAUAAAUGGAAUUGUGUUGCUCAAUUAUCAUCCAUUAGUGAUAAAAGGCUUAAUGAAAUUUGUAGGUUUUUAAAAUAGAUAUUAGUGUGAAUUCGUUGCCAGUGUGAUGAGGUGAUCUGUGUAUAGUGCUACCGCUGUGUAAGUGAGACCUAGAAGUGUUUCGGAAUAUGUGGGGGGCGGCGGUAUCCAAUCCGCCGCAUUAUCAUUAUGUUCAGGGGCCGGGCGGGCCCAUGCCUCAGGUUGGACCGAAUGGCCCCAUGCUGCUGGGGCCCAAUGGUUCCAUGAUGGCGGGCCCUAACGGACCGAUGUUAGGUCCUAGGCAUUUAAGGCCACAAUCCUCAUACUCUCUACCUCAUGGCAGCAAUGGGCCUGGUCGGUGGGGUUGGUCGGGCAGUCACGCCUCGUCCUUCGACCGCAGGCAAUUAAAAGUGCCUCCACAACCUGCUAGACCAGCGCCCGUGCGCCCUGCUCAGGCUAGGCAAGGAACUACUAACAAUAAGGUCGAUCCCGAGCUGAUCUUCACGAAGCAAGAGAAGAUCGGCAAGGGUUCAUUCGGCGAGGUGUUCAAAGGCGUCGACAACAGGACGCAGCAGGUGGUCGCCAUAAAGAUAAUUGACUUGGAAGAAGCCGAAGAUGAAAUUGAAGACAUACAGCAGGAAAUCAUGGUGCUGUCGCAGUGCGAUAGCCCGUACGUCACUAAAUACUAUGGAUCCUACUUAAAGGGAACGAAGCUAUGGAUUAUAAUGGAAUAUCUCGGCGGCGGGUCGGCGCUAGACCUGAUGAAGGCGGGCAGCUUCGAGGAGAUGCACAUAGCAGUGAUCCUCCGCGAAGUGCUGCGAGGGCUGGACUACUUGCACUCGGAGCGGAAGCUGCACCGGGACAUCAAGGCGGCCAACGUGCUGCUCAGCGAGAUGGGCGACGUCAAGCUGGCCGACUUCGGUGUCGCCGGCCAACUAACCAACACGACCAGCAAGCGUAACACAUUCGUCGGCACGCCCUUCUGGAUGGCGCCCGAGGUCAUCAAACAGUCCUGCUACGACAGCAAGGCCGACAUCUGGUCGCUCGGCAUCACCGCCAUAGAACUGGCCAAGGGCGAACCGCCAAACUCCGAACUACAUCCCAUGAGGGUGCUCUUCCUCAUACCGAAGAACAAUCCGCCGCAGCUGACGGGGAGCUACUCCAAGUCGUUUAAGGAGUUCGUCGAAGCGUGCCUGAAUAAGGACCCGGAAAAUAGGCCAACGGCAAAAGAGUUAUUAAAGUUCCAGUUCAUCAGAAAGGCAAAGAAGAACUCGUAUCUAAUGGACCUUAUAGAUAGGUAUAAGAAGUGGAAAGCGCAGCGGAGCGAGGAAAGCGAGACCGAAUCGGAGAAUUCAGAUUCAGAGGAGAGCCGCGCAGGGUCGGGCGAGGCGGACGAGCCGUGGAUCAUGACGGUGCGCGGCGGCGCGGCCGCGCGCGCCAUCCAGCACCCCGACCUCGACAACAAGCGCCGCCUCACCGCCAUCGACACCAGGGAGAACGGUACGUGUACUAGUAUCCUCGGUGUCGCAGGGAGGAGACCCGGCCGGCUCGGGCGAGGCGGACGAGCCGUGGAUCAUGACGGUGCGCGGCGGCGCGGCCGCGCGCGCCAUCCAGCACCCCGACCUCGACAACAAGCGCCGCCUCACCGCCAUCGACACCAGGGAGAACGGUACGUGUACUACGCGGCGGCGCGGCCGCGCGCGCCAUCCAGCACCCCGACCUCGACAACAAGCGCCGCCUCACCGCCAUCGACACCAGGGAGAACGGUACGUGUACUAGUAUCCUCGGUGUCGCAGGGAGGAGACCCGGCCGGCUCGGGCGAGGCGGACGAGCCGUGGAUCAUGACGGUGCGCGGCGGCGCGGCCGCGCGCGCCAUCCAGCACCCCGACCUCGACAACAAGCGCCGCCUCACCGCCAUCGACACCAGGGAGAACGCGAUCCCGUCGCCUACGGUGGUGGCGGCGCCCAAGCAGAACGGCGCGUCGCCCGCGCGCGAGGAGGACGCCAAGCCCAACAACAACAACUCCACCGACAAGCAGCCGCCGCGACAGUCUCCGGUGGCUGUGGCUGUGACGGAGCCGCGAGCGGCCAAGGAGCGUGACCGUAGCGACCGGGACCGCGACCGCGGCGAUCGUAACGAUCGCAACGACCGCAACGACCGGGACCGCGACCGCGACCGUAACGACCGCGACCGCCCCGAGCGCCAGGACCACGAGCCCGCGCAGCGCGACCAUCUAGCCUACAAUAAAGCCGCUUUGGACCACAGAGGAGCGAAUAGUGAGGAAAAAGUCAAAAAGCAUCAGGCAUAUUUGCACCAGCUUAUUUACCCGCUACUAAAUGAGUUGUCGCGCAAGCACGGCGCGGGCAGCGUGGCGGCCAUCGAGGAGCUGCGCCGCGCCUUCGAGCAGGCCGAGCGCAGCGCGCCGCACCUCACGCGCGCCUUCGUGCAGCAGGUGGUGCAGAGGGUGGCCACACAGACGCAUGCGCCCGCGCCGUCGCACCACAAUACGCAGCAGUGGAUGAGGGACCUAUAAUAUACCGCUUGGGCCGGAGCCGCCUCGUCCCGGCGCGGCGGCGCACCCGCGACGCGCGCGUCACGCCCGUGCGCAGGCGCGGCGGUGACGGCACGGCCAGCAGGCGCGGCGGUGACGGCACGGCCGGCAGGCACUCGUGUCACGGCGCGUGGCGGGGGGGUCACGGCGGCGGCGGGCGUGCCCUGCAACCUGCACUGCGCGUGGUUCCUGGCGCGGCUGCCGGCGCGGGCGUCACUGCCGCGCGUCACGCGCCUCUACUACGCCUUCGUCUUCCAUCUCACCAGCACCUGGUAGCGCCGGGGGCGAUGUACUCCGGCCGUUACAGUCACAAACUUGCAAUGCCAUAGUCGAACGUUCACCCCGGACGGUUCCGGGCUCAGAUAUUUUAUAUUGCGCGCAUUAUUUAUGUAAAUAGCGAGUUUCGUCCCCCGUUUCCCUCCGUUCGUGUGCGAUGGCCAAAGUUCGAUCGCGGCGGCGGACGCCCGCUCCGAAACGAAGGCGGUCCCGGAGUCGACUUCGGUUCGUGUUUCGCAUACUAGUAAAAGUGUUCCCUAUUUAUAUUGUAUCGUCACAGUUUUCUUUGUUAGUCGUAAAGGUUAGGGCGCACGUUUUGGUUCUCGCGGUUCGUUUGUGUGGGGGCUAGUAAAUAUGCGCGGCCGCCGUCGGACGCUCGCGCUCGUUUGGUGUUUGACUUGUAGAUAUUCGCGGGGAGCCGAUUCGACACACUUCGCCAAUAUUUUGCCAUAAUUUUCUAAAUUUAAUAUAUUUUUUACUAACGCGAGUCGAUUUUUGUAAAGUCCGAUUAGAAUGAUCGGUCUUCAAAAUUCUAACAUAUUUAUAUGCUUUAGAAGUAAUGUUUUAAAUCUUGGUGUAGAACAUUUCCUUAGUGUCAUUCCAGACAAAAGACAAUGUUGUCAGCAUUUAUAGUUUACGUUCGGGCUUGCGGUUCGAGUUCCGAUUCUUCCCGUGUACUCGAUGCGUCUCAUCCUAUUCACGAAAACGUUUAUUAAAAUUCGGUAGUUUAAUUUUGAAAGUUAGCUUUAGUUGUGUACUCGGUUACUUAACGUUUUGGAAUAAAAAUAGUGACUAAUAUGGUGUUCAAAAAGUGCGUAGAACCUCUCGCGGCCUCUACGGUAACGGUACGGCGUCGAGAGAAAGAGUAUUUUGUGGAAAUAAAAGUAUUCAGACACCAAUGACCAUGCGGUGUCUACAUAAAAAUGUAAAAAAAAUGCUUAAUAUGCGACAAUAUUUAGCGUUCGGGAGUAAAUAGAAUAUAUAAUGAAGACUACAAAACAAUUAUUAUCGCUGUGUAAAAAUGUAAACCUACGAAUAAUGUGUAAAUUGUGUAGUAUAAUAUAAAGCUGUUUUAUGAAGUGUUCUUAUAAGCAUACGGAGAGUAGUUAAUGUCUUUCCAAUGACUACUGCGGGCGGCGGCGCGGCCUGGGGCCGCUGUAUAGGUACAUAUACUCAGACAAGACAACUCUGUCACUAGUAAAAGGCGCAAAAUUCAAAAUUUAUAUAAGAGGUCGAUCCUUCGUGCCUACAUUUUUCAAAUUUGGCUGACAAAGCUGGCUUGCCACAUUGCUUGAGUGACAUGCCACAUGCCUUGAGGACCACAUAUGGGUCCCGGUCCGGACCCGCGCCGCCGCCGAGCGUCGCGUUGUAUAAUUUUGUUUUGCCAUGUGAGUACGAGACGAACAUGGAUCGCGAUGAUUUCGACGACGGAGGAACAAAAAUUAUUUUUCCACUUGAUUGUAAAAUGGUAAAGCGUGUAGUGUUAGAGUUGGGCGAUAAUUGUUGAUUAUUGAUUAAAUUAGAUGUUCGUGGCAUUGGAUCGUAGUACUGACGCGGCUGACAUCUCUGGAGGGGCGGCGACAACGCUUAGCGAACAAGGGCGAGUCUUAAGGGUGAGACUUGUAUACACGUAUUCCGUACUCCGAAAUUACACUACAGUGGUUCGACGGAGAACGCCAGCGAACAAGCAAUCAGUUUCAUGAAAGAUUCUAACUUAGAAUAUAGGCGGAAACCUCUUUUUAACCCCUUUUAUUAGAAAGGGAGCUCCUGUGUAACGAUCUUUCACGAAACGAGUAUUGAAGUCUCGUUACAGAGUCGCUAAAGCCUCGCCCGGUCCCGAAGCCAUUAGAGGAGUGUAGUUAUUGUUAAAAGGUUGCAGAAAGCUAAGAUCGCGUUCGGUUCAUGGGUAUUUGUGAUCAUUAUUGCAUAGUUAAUAAAAUAAAAUCUACAUUAUUAUAGUAUUAUGAAAAUUCUGUAAUAAAACCGGUAGUAUUUAACUGUGUAGUCGCGCCGCAUCGCUCCCGGGCUCACAUGUGUAACCACCUUUAGAAUGUGCAACAUAUUUCGCAUCUUUCAGUUAUUUUGCUUAUUUUUUAAGUAAGACGUUAAUUACGAGGAGACGUUAAUUAAAAAAAUAAUUAGUCCUCAGCCGGGCUGUUAUUUAUACUUAUCGAACACAUCGCCAGUAUAAAUCUUGGCCUCCGACUACGAUUAGCUGUUACGAAGUUGAAAGCCAAGUUAUACUGGUUGCACAGAGAUGUUUAAAGGUGGUGCCACAUGUGGGGCUUGACGCGCGGCGCCGCCCUCCAUUCUCGCACCAAGUUCCGCGUGGCGGUACCAUUAGUGUAAUGGUCAAUUAAUGUUACUGCGCCUGUCAUUCUAACACGUUUAUGUAGGAAACAAAUUUGACUCUGAAAAUAAAAGAAGUUAUUUAAUUUUGGAA